UAUUAGAACACGGACAUCCAGCUAGCACUCGCAGUUCUAUAGCGAAAGUGGAAAGUGUUGAUUAAUAUUGUGAUAUUUUGUUUUGAACGAUAAACGUAAAAACACAAAAAAACCAAAAUGUGUGAUGAUGAGGUUGCUGCUUUAGUCGUUGACAAUGGUUCCGGCAUGUGCAAGGCUGGUUUCGCUGGUGAUGAUGCACCACGUGCUGUCUUCCCCUCAAUUGUUGGUCGUCCCCGCCAUCAAGGUGUCAUGGUUGGUAUGGGUCAAAAGGAUUCCUAUGUCGGUGAUGAAGCCCAAAGCAAACGUGGUAUUCUCACUUUGAAAUAUCCAAUUGAACAUGGUAUUAUCACCAACUGGGAUGAUAUGGAGAAAAUCUGGCAUCACACUUUCUACAACGAAUUGCGUGUCGCCCCAGAAGAGCAUCCAGUGCUUUUAACUGAGGCCCCAUUGAAUCCAAAGGCUAAUCGUGAAAAGAUGACACAAAUUAUGUUUGAAACUUUCAACACACCAGCCAUGUAUGUAGCUAUUCAGGCUGUGCUCUCAUUGUACGCCUCUGGUCGUACCACUGGUAUUGUAUUGGAUUCAGGUGAUGGUGUUUCCCACACAGUGCCCAUUUAUGAAGGUUAUGCUUUACCUCACGCUAUUCUCCGUUUGGAUUUGGCUGGUCGUGAUUUAACUGACUACCUCAUGAAGAUCUUGACUGAACGUGGUUAUUCCUUCACAACCACAGCUGAACGUGAAAUUGUUCGUGAUAUUAAGGAAAAAUUGUGCUAUGUUGCUUUGGACUUUGAACAGGAAAUGGCAACUGCUGCUGCAUCAACCUCUUUGGAAAAAUCAUAUGAACUUCCUGAUGGUCAAGUUAUCACCAUCGGUAACGAACGUUUCCGCUGCCCUGAAUCACUCUUCCAACCAUCCUUCUUGGGUAUGGAAUCUUGUGGUAUUCACGAAACAGUAUACAACUCAAUUAUGAAGUGCGAUGUCGAUAUCCGUAAGGAUUUGUAUGCCAACAUUGUUAUGUCUGGUGGCACCACCAUGUACCCAGGUAUUGCUGAUCGUAUGCAAAAGGAAAUCACUGCCUUGGCUCCAUCAACCAUUAAAAUUAAGAUCAUUGCUCCACCAGAACGUAAAUACUCAGUAUGGAUCGGCGGCUCUAUCUUGGCUUCCCUCUCUACCUUCCAGCAAAUGUGGAUUUCAAAACAAGAAUACGACGAAUCCGGUCCAGGCAUUGUCCACCGCAAGUGCUUCUAAGCAUGAAAUGCAUUCAGUGCAUCAUCAGCCUGCCAAAUAUUCAAGUGCUAUGUUGUACCACUACUAUUUUACUAUUAUAACUUUAAUUAUUAUUUAUACACUUUUUUUU